GACCAACUGAGUAAUUUCUCAAGCCCCUGGGGGUCUGGCUCGACGCAUGUCGGUGUGAAGUGUGUUGGUCAUGUCUCUCGGCGUCGGGUCUCACCGAUCUCGACGCGCGUUCGUCGCGUUGAGCGCAUCCCCAAGGAAUAACACCGUCAUUUCGACAAUUCCGAGGUGCGCGAGAGUCAUUCACCGAGGACGCUCACGAAACAAGUUUCCUUUCUUGUUUUUUACGGAGAAGACGGUUCAUAUAAGAAACAGUGCAACGUUAUUCGCAUAACUGCAAAAAGAAGCGCUUCAGUGUCAUCUAACAGAAAUGCAGGAACAGGUUUUUCCACAUUGCACUCUGAAAAGUGUCUCACAUGAUAUCAUGAUAUCAAUAUACAAGGGAACUCUGGAUGGAUGAGUAAAGACUUUGUAUCGAUGGAUGCAGGAUGAUAUGCUACCACGAUAUAAUUCUGUCAGUAUAACUGAACUGAACCUGAACGACUUCAGUGACACCGGAAUGCAAUGGAAUAUGAACUGGAAAUAUGUAUUUUGGUGUGAAAAAUGCCCUUUCUUGUGGUGUGACUCAAACACGUCUAGUUCUCAUGAUGCAGUGAGAUAUUAGAUGGCAGGGAUGGCUUUGAACUCGACGACGGUCAUUGACAGCGGCUUGGUGGAAACUGACCGCUCCACGCGGGUUCUGACCGGUUGCUUUCUGUCCGUUCUAAUCCUCUCCACUUUGCUCGGGAACACACUGGUUUGUGCAGCUGUCACAAAGUUUCGCCACCUGCGCUCUAAAGUCACCAACUUUUUUGUCAUCUCGCUGGCCGUGUCAGAUCUGCUGGUGGCUGUUCUGGUCAUGCCCUGGAAGGCUGUGACAGAGGUUGCCGGCUUCUGGCCCUUUGGUGCGUUUUGUGACAUUUGGGUGGCUUUCGAUAUCAUGUGCUCCACGGCGUCUAUCCUGAACCUGUGUGUUAUUAGCGUGGACCGAUACUGGGCCAUUUCCAGCCCGUUCCGCUAUGAGAGGAAGAUGACUCCUAGAGUGGCCUUUGUGAUGAUCAGCGGGGCUUGGACUCUAUCCGUGCUCAUCUCCUUCAUCCCGGUGCAGCUCAAAUGGCACAAGGCUCAGCCGAUAGGCUUUCUGGAGGUCAAUGCAUCUCGCAGGGAUCUGCCGACGGACAACUGCGACUCCAGCCUCAACCGAACGUACGCCAUUUCGUCCUCCCUCAUCAGCUUCUACAUUCCCGUCGCCAUCAUGAUCGUAACAUACACUCAGAUUUACCGGAUCGCCCAGAAGCAGAUCCGACGGAUCUCGGCUCUGGAAAGGGCCGCGGAGAGCGCCCAGAUCCGCCAUGACAGCAUGGGCAGCAGCUCCAACAUGGACUCGGAGAGCUCCUUCAAACUGUCCUUCAAAAGAGAGACGAAAGUCUUAAAAACGCUGUCUGUUAUAAUGGGGGUUUUCGUUUGCUGCUGGUUGCCCUUCUUCGUUCUGAACUGCAUGGUGCCGUUUUGUAAGCGCACGUCGACCAGUCUCCCCUGCAUCAGUCCAACAACGUUUGAUGUUUUUGUCUGGUUCGGAUGGGCCAAUUCGUCUCUCAACCCCAUCAUAUACGCUUUCAACGCCGACUUUCGCCGAGCUUUUGCCAUCCUUUUAGGAUGCCAGAGACUCUGUCCGGGAAGCAUUAGCAUGGAGACACCUAGCUUGAAUAAGAACUAAAAAGCAAUGUCACACCAAUCCUUUGCCAAGGAAGGCUGGAGGGAAAAGGGUUUGGGAUUAAGACUUCGGGAAGAAAGCCCUCCUGCUGUGCUGGAGAGCAGGGGAAGCGGCUGCGACGUCCCUUAAGCAAAGCUAAUCGCUAUACUUCCCCAAAGAAUGACAGAAGGGAGGUCUGUGCGUUCCCAGUGUCUUUAACAGAUUAUUGAAUCCACAAGUGACUUGCAGUGUUUUAUCAGAGGAAAUAUAGAUGUUUAUAGAUUGUUUAUUCUAAUGAAGCUGUACUUUAAUAAUGUUGAAGUGCUGGGCACAACUGCAAUACAGUGGAACAAACGAUGUGUAUUUAGUCACUGCAAAUGAAUGGUGAAUAUUUUCCUCAUUCCAUAAAUAUCACUUAAUAAUAAAAUUCAUUGUAAUCUGAAUCUAAUACAUCACUGCUUGAUACAUAUCUAGCUCAUCCUCUCCACUCUCAUUACAUUUCAUUUACGUCUUUCCUUAUUCACGAGACUUCACUUUUUUUUUUUCCAAAACAAGAGGGCAGAUGGUCAAUCAUGAGAUGGCUGUCCCAUUAAUGAACAUGUAUAUUGUUCUGUGGUACUUGUUCUCUUCAAAGCCUCUGAUUCAUUAUUAAACUGUGAAAGCUAAACACCACGACUAGCAGAACAGAUGGCUGUGAAAUCAAAAUGCAGAUGUGGCAAAGCAUUAAUUUACGGUCAUCAAGUAAUAGAUACGUUAUUGUUGAGAUUGUAAUUAUGUUCUGAAAGCGUAUGGGAUUAUCGGUCCUGGUACAAAAUAACACUGGAUGUGAUGCAAUGUGUCAUGUGAUAAUGUGGAAAAUGAAACAUUGAGAACCUCUGCGGCGAACUGAAUGUAAUUAAUUGUGAUCAGUCUAAUUAUUUGGUCAGUUUUAUGUGCUUUCGCAACACAUUAUUUGGUGCUGUUACUUGUUUUUCAAAGUACUGCAUUUAUUGUAGUGUUUAGAGAGAGACACUGAUUCAGCGAUAUAGCAUUACAAUGUUGAAGUAGAAUUAAGUGAUGUUUAACUUAUUUGCCAACUGAUGACAAAGUACAUAUGU